CAGGGUGUGUGUGUGUGUGUGUGUGUGUGUGUGUGUGUGUGUGUGUGUGUGUGUGUGUGUGUGUGUGUGUGUGUGUGGGCGUUUGGUGCAGCAGUAGCAGUAUUAAUGGCUAUCAUCUGUAAGAGCAAACGCAUAGCAGCAGCGGUAGUGGAACUCAGCUGCUGGAGCCAGUGUUUAAGUAAGAGCUCUCUCUUUCUCUCUUUUCUGUGUGGGAGGUAGAUGGAGAGUCUUCAGGCUGAUAUGGAAUUAUGGAUGAUGAUUUGCAGUCGAGAUGCUAGCAUUUGCAUCUUCUGUGGGAUUGGAGGCAUACGUACCAGCACAUGCUUUACACACACACACACACACACACAAACACACACACACGCACACGCACAUUUGGUUUCUGCUUCGUCUCGCAGUCUUUAGAGAUGCAACAAGGUCUUUCUGUUGCAACGGGCAUCUUCUAUCUCAUUAAACAGUGCGAUAUAAAUGUUUUCUUGCUAUGUUAUUAGACCUCAGUCAUCAAUAAGUGACUGCAAAACCACUCGUUACUCUACAGAAGUUUUGCUUCUGUUCACUUGCACAGUGCGUCUGGAGUUAAUAACACAGAUAAAAUGCAGCAUCUUUGGUGGAUGACUUUGAGUGUGUUUGCUUGCCUACUAAUAUCCUGGUUAUGAUCGGGUUUUUGGAGUAUCCUGGCUAUAAUUCGCCCAUGUAAACAGCUUAUUCUUGUUUCAGAAACAAACAUUGGAAAUGCUACCUGGAGUACUCCAGUUAAAACCGGGAUACUGUGGCGUGUAAACACCCCGUCCAGGUUUCUGAACUUUCAUUGCUGGUACAGAACAUAGUGGCCAAGAUGGUGAAAAAUCAAGACACACUUGCAACAGACAAUCAGAAAGCUGGAUACUGUCAUGAUCGUGUAUACAGAGAUAUGAAUAACCAGGUUCCAUGUAAAUGCCUUAUCCUGAAAAUGAAAACAGGAUAAGACUGAAAACCAGCGUUCUUGUGUGCAUGUAAACGCUCUCCUUGUGUUUGGAUGAACAGCAUCAGUGACAGUCAUUUCCUCUGUGUGUGUGUGCUCAUGUGUUAUCUCUCAGGGGGACUCUCUAGUUUGCCUGGACCAUGAGCAAUGAGUCUACCGUCUGGACCAUCCUACCAGAAAACUCCACAGAGAUCCCAUUCGUGGCCGAGGAGCAGCAAGAUGGCUAUGUGCUCCUCCUGGUGAUCCUCUCCAUCUUCCUGGUAGGAACGCUGAUCUUCGUCUCUGUCUUCCUCAUUGUUUGCCGCCGCGGCUGUCGAGGAGGGAAACUCUGUGCCAGGGCCAGCGAUGACCCUGAGAAAACCAACACCACCUACGUGGAGAAGGCUCAACCCACCCAUGAAAUCACCAUCAGGGUGGAUGAGUCAGAGUGCCUGUCAAUGGCCAGCUCUCACGACCAAGAGACUGAGCGCUUCCUCUCCACGGGCAUCACCGGCCGCCGUGUCUCCUUCAAUGAGGCUGCACUCUUCGAUCACGGCAAGAAGGCCCAGGAGAAGGGGCGCAGGUACACUCUGACCGAGGGCGACUUUCACCACCUGAAGAACGCCCGGCUCACACACCUCCACAUCCCUCCUCCGGCACUCAAGAUAGUCACCAUCCACGAGUGCGACUCGGCCGAGAACAGCAUCACCAUGACAACACGCCCUGUCACUAAGUCAGCACUUUCCAUCUUCCAGCCGAUGCUGUGCCCCCUACCACAAACAGCAUUGACCAGCCUGAGUGUCAAUCCUAGCUGUGCCCUCCCUGGAGACACUCUCAACUCUGUGGUGGACACCAGCUUCAGUGAGAACACUAUUGCUCUCAGCACUAAAGAGCCAAGCUCUAUCGAGAUGAUAGGAGCGGGGCCCCAGGGCAGAGGCAGCAGUGUCAGUGUUGGAGAAGGGGUCGUGGUGGGGAGCGGUUCCCCUUCUGCCGGCGGCGCAGGAAGCCAGGGGCCCAUGCUGCAGUUCUUCACUAAACUGCGGCGCCAUGCUAGUCUGGAGGGGGCCAGUCCCUACUUCAAGAUCAAGAAAUGGAAGCUGGACAGCAGCCAGAGAGCCUCGAGUCUGGACACCAGAGGCUCUCCAAAGAGGAGACAGUUCCAGCGGCAGCGGGCCGCCAGCGAGAGCAUGGACCAGGACGACAACGACGCGCACCACAUAGACCUCAUCCAGUACAUCGCCCGCACCCAGAACGUCACCUACUGUCCCAGCCAGCCCACCGCACGCCUCCUCUCUCCUCCUUCCACACCACCCCCCUCCCUCGGCAGGGUAGAGGUAGAGGUGAUGGUGGAGCCCAGCUGCCGCCAUGGAGGACCAGGGGUGAUUGGCCUAUCCCCUGAUCCCCAAGACGAAGCACUGUCCCUGGCAAGACGGGAUGGUGCAGACCCUUUGGACCCCCUAGAUCACCAGGACCCCCAGUCACUUUACAAAGACAUCUGGUCCCUGCGCGCGACACUGGAACAGUAUGCAGCCUCUGACCAGAGCAGCAACAAUGACAGGAACUCUGUCUGCAGUGAUGCUGACAGUGUUUGUUCACUGGGCGGACGCACAGAAACAGAAAGAGGAGGGCUUCCCAGCUAUCCAUCCCAGGAUUUAGGAGAUGAGGCAGAGGGUGGAGAGGAUGACAAGGACAUUUCGAUGUAUAUGGAUGAGAGGUUGGGUGGGAAUGAGGGAAAAAAGAGAAAACAAAAGAGCACUGAAUCAGAGCGAGGGGGCAGCGACGGAGAGACAGGGACUCGUAAAUUGCUGCAGAUGGACAGCGGCUAUGCAUCGAUAGAGGCUCCAUCUCGUGGUCCAGAAGACCUGCGACUGUUCGGGAGCAUCAGCGGAAGCCCGAAAGACAGAACGGCCCACGAGAAAAGGCACCACUUUACCAACGCAGGGCGAACCGGCACUAUCGGUGAGAGCUUUGAGUCUCAUCUCUUUGAGGAGGAGCGGGAAGAUGAGCUGUUGGGUGCCAUUGGAGGAGUUUCCAUAGAAACAGGUGCUGGCUCACUGAGUUGGUUUCCAUAUGGUCAGAUGCUCACACCUCGAGAGGCUGCACAGCCUUCACCCCAACCUCCAACGCUGCACCGGAGAGACUACAGCAUAGAUGAGAAGACAGACGCCCUCUUCCAUGAGUUUCUCCGCCACGACCCUCAGUUUGACCAGCAGGAGUCGCCACUAAGGAAGCACCGGUCCCGAAUCCACCUCCGCAAGCAGUGGCAGCGGCACAAACAGUGGAGCGACCCCGGCGUCAGACACUUGCAGUCUUCUUUUGACAGACACCGGACCCCUCUAAGGAGGGGUGACAGUGUGAACUACCCACUAGACACAAGCUACCACAGCACGCUCCCCCGUAUCAUCAGUGCUCCUGACGAGGAGACCAGCGAGGGGACCGGUAGCACCCCUGACACUCCAAAGGUAGAGCAAACCACUACUGGUAAUGGGGGCAACGACAGGGAGCAGGGUGUCACUGUCAGAGGCACAGAGGACCACAUCUCUUCUUCUCCACCAACACUUCAUCCUUCUAUCUCUGAGAAAGACGGAGGGCUGGGUGAGCACCAUGACCCUCAGGAGGACAGCAAACAAUCUGGACCCCCUCUCGAGCCCCCGGACGAACGCUCGUCCCCUCAGCUGCCCGACUCCUCGGGCUACGGCCCGCAGACCAUCACAGCAGAGCUCACAGACAAACUGACUGCUAACCUGGAUGAGAGGCUGUACAUGGGCCUUCGCAGGAUCAAGGACACAGCCACUGAGUGUGUGACGGUGACAGCCACACACGCUUCUCCGGACCACAGCCCAGUGUAGCAGGGCUCCAGUCGUCCUCCUCGUCAACCUCACUCCUGCUGACACACACUUUUUUUCUUUCUGUCUGAUUUGUCUUGCCUCACUUUAAAUGUCUCUCUCUAUACAGCUUGAAUGGUGUGAUCAUACCCAUCAACACACAAUGAAAAGUGUGUUUCAUAUUAAUCCAUAAUUAAACACUCAUCUUAGAUUCAGUUGAUCCCCUAGAAAGGCAGCCAGUCUUUCUUCACGCCUGUUGAAACGAAACAAAGCUGUUCAGUGUUGCCAUUUAACGGUUCACUGUUGAAAAAAAGAUACAAUUCAAAAUAAUGACAGAGCUAACAUAUCAAAAAUCAUACAGUUUUAGUAAAAAUUGUUUCCUUGUGUUUCUGUGAGUCUGUGUCCAUCUCUCCUGCUGUCAUUCUUGUCUCUGCUCCCCAGUAUGAAUAAGUGAAGCUGAGGGCCAGUAUGGCCUCUGUACUCAUUGAUCCACUGUGAAACCAGGUGCUAUUAGACAAGUUGAAAGCUUGAAUCUGGACACAGGUUACUUUGCUAGUCCCAUGACCAUGCAUUAGUAGAAAAUUAGUAGUAUAAUCGCUAUUCAUGAGCUACAGACUAAUUUAGAAUAGCAUAAUUGAUCUAUCAAAGCUAUAUUAAGCAUACUUCAGUUGUUGACACUGGUUGUUAAGAUCAGUAGUUCCCAACCUAUGAGGGUCCCAAGAGAAGUGAGCAAUGAUCAAACUAAUUAGAAAGAAAAAAUAUGUUUCUUUUACAUAAAAUUAAAGUGAUUUUAUUCCGCUUUGGUAGUGAAGGACAUGUCUGUCCCACUAACGUCAUUUUUAGUCAACAUGGAAGCGGUGUUAGCGAUUGCUUGCAGCAGUUAAAAAAUAUUAUGUUAACGUUUCUCAUUGAUUGAUGAAAUAUGUCGAUAUUCGAUAUAAGAGUUGUUAUUUCUAUAAGCUGACUUACUUGCUUGCUUGUGGCUAUUUUUGUGGCCAUUUUUUCAGUUUUUUCAUGGAUGUAGCCAAAGCUAGCUAUGUAGGAAGAUGACGUCCCCAUUUUUGAAUCCCGCCCACAAAGCUCUGAUUGGUGGAUUGUUUCUCCAAUCCAAUAUUUUUGUACAUCUGUAUUGCUUAAAUGACAAUGAAAACUGACAGCGUGGUAGGUUUGAAGACGUCAGUUUCUGCGGCAACAGACAAAACUAGCAAACUAGACAGCCACUAGCGCUCCGGUAUGAUGGCUCUUUAUCAGUCACAGAUAUGACAGUAACUUACAACUCCAUAAGCUACGACUCUCAGUACUCUGGCCAUCGCUGACAUGACCUAUGUCCUAACAGGGAGAACAAUCUCUUGUCUUGUGCACGGUUUACAGCCAUGAGGUGGGCAGUUACGGUAAAGCCAUUAGACAAAACGACUGUCCUCACAGAUGUUCGGUGUUUCUUGAAUUUAUAGGAAAGGCAUGCUUCCUUGUGCAUGGGGCUCUCAGAACAGGCUUUAUCAGUUCACAUCUGACUUUCAUGAUUUCCCCCUCCUCUUCCUCUUCUUCUCCUGAGAAAGUUGGCAGUGCAGUAGAUGCCUCCCGGGGGGGCGAGGACUUCACUUCCUGUCGGCUUACAAAACCAGACUGAACAAAGAUGUUAUUUGUAGUUAAUCCGCUAUAUUUUUUUCACUUAUUUGGCUUCUUCUGUGCGACUAAAACAAAGCGAUACUGCCAUUCAGAUAAAACCCCAUCAGCAGAUUACGUCCUGUGGGCAAAGAAUGCAAGUAAUGGCCAGAAUUAUGUUUGAAAAUCAAUUUCUUGCCCACAGAUCUCUGCUUUUACAUCCUGAGCGGUGGCAGUAGGUUUAUUGCAACCCAAUUUCACUCAUAAAAUCGUAUUCUCAGAGGUGCUGUUGGGCUUUCCGUCUUUCCUACGUGCAGCGAGGGGAGCCGCUGCACAAGAGGUUGUUGAAUAUUAAUUAUAACAAAGGAAGGAUUCCGGCCUUUCGUCACACCUCCCUUUUCCUCAUUCUUUAAGGCUGCUACGAUGCAGUACAUUGAAAGGACUGAAUAGCAAAUCAGGAGAAAAACAUUAUCCUCCUCUCUUUGUUUGGGUGUGAUGAUGAUGCUCCUUUCCAGCCUGCCCAGAUUAGAUCUUC